AUGACGUUACAAAAAUUAAAAGUCGAACCAUUAACUAAAGAAGCCUUUGCUUCAUUUGGUGACGUAAUUGAAACAGAUCAACGUCCGUUUAGAGUAAUUAACAAUGGUUCAACUCGUCGUUAUCAUGCUCUUGCUCAAGUAGAAACUGCAUAUCCAGCUGAUGGUGAUCGUGCCAUUAUAAGUAUCUUUCGAGCUCAGACAACAAAACUGCCAUUUACUAUUAGUAUGUUGGAACGACAUCCACUUGGUAGUCAAGCUUUUGUACCAUUACUUGGUCGAACAUCUCUUGUUGUAGUUGCUCCACCGACUGAUAGUUCUAUCAAUAAUGAUAAACCACAACUUGAUCUUAUACGUGCAUUUAUAACAAAUGGUAAACAAGGAAUAAAUUAUAGUCGUGGAACUUGGCAUCAUCCAGUAUUAGCUAUUGGUGAUGAAGAUGAUGAAUUUCUUGUUGUAGAUCGUGAAGGUUCAGGUAAUAAUUGUGAUGAACAUUUUUUUGAAGAACAUGAACAAAUGAUUCUCGAUUAUCAAUCAUAA